AGCGAUUAUCGAUAUACAUAUACAUAUGUACUUAUAACUUGGAAUUUAAUAUUUUUGUAAUUGCUUAUCAGCAGUUGAACUGAGCUAACCUUAAUAUUGAUUGUGCCGAAGCGACUUGACUUGUUAGCUGCUAGACAGCAGUCUCAACAGUUUAUUUUGCGAAACCAGUUUGAAAGGGUCUCACAAAAAGUACUAGCGAUGUUCUGUAAAGUGGCACUGAUUUGUUUGCUAGGGAUAACAGCGACAAAUGGCCGCAUAUUAAACGAUAGGAAAUAUCCAUUUUAUCGCCCACAAAACACAAAUGAGCUCUACCCAAGAGCAGUUAUACCAGAUUACACUUCAAAGGACUAUGGCGAUGCGUCGAAAAUCGUAGGUUUAUCGUUCAGCAUGGCGCCCCCCUCACGCGAUUUAUUGCCGCCCUAUGAAGAUUACGGUGGCGCGCAGAUGUAUACGAAUGGAAUCUUUCGAAGCGAGUUACCUGUUUGGCAGUUUCGAAACGAAAGACUAGCGCAAGAUGAAGAAGUCGAACAAUUGGACUCGCAACCCUACCCUUACGAAGUUCUUAAUCGCGUUUUACCGAAGAUAGAGGAGCCCACCGAUUUCCAACCGCUCGAGAAUCAAUUGCAGACGCAAGAGCAACAGAUAAACCAAGUUGCGGGCGAUGUAAAAAUUGUACAGCAAAGUAUUAACGAGUUCGAGAACUAUCUGAAAGGUGUUGCUGCAGUUUUAGUACCGCAAAAUAAGGCUCAAAUUGGAGUUAUAGGCAUUAGUCUGAAGCUGACGCCCAAGCUUGGUGAGGUGCAACUGGAUAAUCUUUAUUCUAGUAUGUUUGGACAAGAUCCCACAGAAGCAAAUAGCUCAGAGAAGGAAAAAGAAUUGGAUAAAUUAAUUGCAAGUAUGAUUGAAGAAGACUCUACAUACAGCAGUGGCUUAGAGAAGGAAAAAGAAGUUGCAAAUAUAAUUUCAAGCAUGAUUGUAGCAGACUCUUCAGAUGGCGAUAGCGAAGAGAAGGAAAAAGAUUUGAACAAACUUCUUGCGAAUUUGUUUGAAGACGAUUACAGCGAUAACGCAAAGAAUCUUAUUCAAAAGACAGACAAAAACAGUGACGAGGAGGAGGACUUAAAUAAAAUGUUUGCUGGGGAAGCUCCGAAAGAAAAAGGCGGAAAAAUAGAAGCAAGAGAUAUAUAUUACCUUUUUGGUCUGUAAAAAGGUAAUAUAAAUCGCAAAAUGAUCAGGGUCUUGACUACGAUAUAGAAGGGGCAGAUGAUUUAGAGAAUAGCCCAUUUGACUACAAAAUAAAUUAAUCUGUAUUUAAAAAGCUUA